AUGCCUGUCCAUAACGACAUCAGUGGCCGGCAGGCUCUCAUUACCGGUGCCUCUGGGGGCAUUGGUGCCGCAUGUGCUCGAGACCUUUUCGCGCAAGGCACAUCGUUAGCCUUGACGUACUCAGCCAACAAAGCUCCUGUCGACCAGUUAGCAGAUGAGCUCCGGACAUCAAGUCCUGACAUCCUAGUCGCAAAUGCUGGCUACGGUAAACGGACGUCGGACAAUUUGGACAUCGACAUCGAGGAAUGGGACUACACCAUCAACGUGAACCUUCGUGCAAGCUUCAUUCUGACCAAGCUUGCCGUAGCCCACAUGAAGGAGAAGAAUUGGGGCAGAAUUGUCUAUAUCUCGUCGAUAGCAGCUGGUGGGACCUCCAUCAACGGAUGCCACUACUCAGCUUCGAAAGCGGGUGUCCAAGGACUUUCGAAGAAUCUCGCCAUCAAGCUUGCGAAAAACGGCAUCACCUGUAACGAUGUGGCGCCCGCUAUGAUCACCGGGACUGGGAUGAUUCCAGACGAGGAGUUCUUGAAGGGCACGCCUGGUGAUGUCAAGAACAUUCCUGUUGGUCGAGCAGGUACGACGCAGGAAUGUGCAAACGUCGUCACUAUGCUAUGCAAGACUGGCUACAUGACCGGACAGAGCAUAUUGAUAUCUGGAGGCUUGAAGUGA